AUGGGUUGUCGGCGUUUUGUCGUUUCCUCCCGCCGUCAGGCGGUCCCGCAGUUCGGCCCAGCCAUCCGCCAUGGUGCGCUCGGGAAACUCAGGGACCUCACUGUCCUGGAAAACGCUCACCAGGAUGAACACCGGCCCCUGCUGCCGCAUGGCCUCCUCGAGACCGAUCAGCAUCUCCUCGAUGCGGUCGAAAUGGUAGGUGUGAGAAUAGCCGGAACUCUCCGCCAUUUUGACGAGGUCGAGGUGGUCCAGUUCUUUGAUGGGAACUCCCGAGGUCGAGACGCGAGACGCGUCGUCGAACACGAAGUGCACCAGGUUCGAGGGCUGGGAUUCCCCGAUGGUGGCGAGUCCGCCAAGGUUGGUGCGCAGGGUGGCGUCGCAGUCCAGCACCAGCACCCUGCCCGAUUGCUGGGCCAGGGCCAGUCCCAGUCCCACCGCGGGGGCACGAUCCAUGCAGUCCAUCAGGUCAAGGUCGAGUUCCCGCCGCUCCGAGACUCUGCUCCACUCCCGCAACGCGGCGGAGGUCGAUACGACGAGCGCAUCUCCGCGGUGGUAGCUUACGGCGCGGGCCGCCUCGGCGUAGGGAAUUCCGGGCGACGGUCGGCUGUCAGAUGA